UCGGCCUUGGGUCGAACCCUGUUUUCCCUCGUUUGCUCAAUAACCCCCAGCAGCCGCCAGCCGCCUCGUCGGCGGCGUUACGGCCCACCUCUCGCCGGCGCAACGCCCUCUUCCUCCACCGGAACUACCCCUAGCUUAUUCGGCGGCGCCGCCGCCUCCGCAGCUAGCAUCCGGAGCCUCUUCGGCCGCGCCUGCCACCGCCUCUGCGGCUACCACCCCGAGCCUCCCAGUCCCAGCUCCCCCCCUCGCCGGCGAUGGCCGUGCCUCCGGAGACGACGGAGGCGCCGCCCCCGCCGGAAUAUAGAGAGGGGACUACUAAGGAUGGCGUUGAGGUGUGCCUGUUUGACGAAUCAGCAGAUGGGUUCUCAAGAGCGGUGCGCGCCAUCUCGGAGCUCGCCGACUUGGAGCCCGAACCAGACUUCACUGAAGCGGAAGUCGAGCGGCUUGCCUCCUCAAUAACGUUCCUCAGAGAAUGGAGGCACUUCUCUUAUGAGCCAAAAGAUGUAAGUUUCAAUAAUGGCAUCGAGUCCACUUCAUCAAGAGAUGACAUGCACAGUAUAACCUUAACACAGUUUUCAUCUGUGUCUGUUCCCCAGAUCACACAGCAGGAAGAUCGGAAGGAUAAUACAGUCAGUUUUGAUUUUAUGUUAUUCGCUGGGGGAAAUGUCUGGGCCUUGGACUGGUGCCCAAGCUUGUGCGACAAGUCUGGCUCUUCUAUAAACUGUGAGUAUCUUGCUGUUGCUGCUCACCCUCCUGGUUCUUCUUACCAUAAAAUUGGUAUGCCCUUAACCGGGAGAGGUAUUAUUCAAGUUUGGUGUCUCUUAGCACCAUUUGAAGACGCACAUUCUCGUCGGCCACUGGAUGCAUGCAAUAGUAUUAGUCGGAGAGGAAGACCUAGAAAAAUACCAGAUGGGACUAAUUCUGUUGGUUGUUCAUCCAACCCACCAAAGCCAAGGGGGAGGCCAAGAAAGAGACCUUGUAAUGAUCAGAUGGAACCUGUUCCAAAAAGACCAAGAGGCAGACCGAGAAAAUAUCCACUGCCAAUUGGUAAAUUGGAAGAUUCAUCCCAAAAUAGUGGAUGUCAGGAUAUUGUUCUGUUUGAUCCUCUUGCCACUUCAACAGGUAUUCCCGACGACCUUCCAUUGGCUUAUGCCUUGCCAACCAUGAAUCCUGUGGAAUCAACUCCAAAAAGAGGUAGAGGGCGACCUAGGAAAAUCCCAAGUGACAAACUGACAGGUUCAUCUGGUGCUGUAUCCAAAGAUGAGUGUACAGAGCCUUCUCCAACAACUGCAACCUGUGCCAAACCAAAGAGACCACGUGGGAGGCCUCGAAAGUAUCCGGUUCCGAUCAACGACAAAUCUGCUUCAGGCGCUGAUGUUGAUUUAGGGGAAGAGACAACUUGUCAGCCUCUAACAGGUCCAUCUGGUGCUGUAUCAAAAGAAGAUGUGUGCAGAGAGCCAUCUCCAACAACUGCAAUCUGUGCAAAACCAAAGAGACAAUGUGGGAGGCCUCGAAAGUAUCCAGUUCCAAUCAACUAUAAAUCUGUUUCAGGCGCUGAUGUUGAUUUAGGGCAAGAGACAGUUUGCACAGAGUUUAAUGCUAAUUUAAGUAUUGUUGCAGUUGAUGCAGCUUUGCCAAUUGUUCAAAAAGUGACCAGUUCGCCUGCCACUGUAGUAAAAGAAAGUGCAUGCAUAGAACCAUCUCCAAAUACUGCCACUCGUAAGCAACCAAAGAGGACACGGGUGAGGCCUCAAAAGUAUUCAGAUACUGAUAUUGAAUUAGGGAAACAUACAACUGGUCAGCCUGUUUCAUCAGAAUGCAGUUUGGACCACACUGCUUGCACAGAGUCUAAUUUAAGCAUUGUUGCAGUUGAUUCAGCAUCACUAUUUACAUCUUCAACUACUGCAACUUGUCAGAAGUCGAAAGGUCAGAGGAGUAGAGCACAAAAUAAGAAAACAAUUUCUGAUGCACUAUGUUCCCCAGUUGUUUCUGGUGUUGAAUCACGGAGCAUGUGUUCCAGACAACUAAAUGGUGCAACAGCCUCUGUUGAAAGUGCUUUACUGAAGAUGGUAUCAGUGACAAGUGGCCUUUGUUCUGCUAGCAUGUUAAACUUUGAGGACAAUGUACACCGAGGCGCUCUUUCAGGUGAUUCUUUACAGCCUAUCAAGAUUUCACCUAAAUCAAGGGAGUCAAGUGGUAGGAAGGGAAGAGGAAGGCCUAAGAAGAGUCUGCUUUCUGUUGGAACUAGUUGUUUAGUGGCUUCUGAUGCCAACUUCCCAGUGACAACAUCUGUACUUCCCAGUGACAACAAUCUCACAUCUUUGGUCAAGAGUGAUGGUGAAUUUAUAGCAAGUAAUCUUGGUUCGAUUGGUUCAAGUGGGCUUGGUGUUGAGAAAUCUGGUGUUCAUGCGGGUGUUGUACCAUCUGAUGCUGCAUCACCAGGGCAUGGCUUAUAUAAUGCAAAUUUUAAGGAAGAAUCAAGUACCAAAAGAGGAAGUGGUUCUAGGAAGAAGCUUGUUUCAACUGUGCACAGUCAUUUUACAGAUUUUAGUGGCAAAGAACAAAAAACAAAGACAACUCAAAAGUCGAGCGAUCCUGUGAUCUUGGUUGAAAAUUGUAUGAAUGGACCAUGCCCCAGGAAAGGUGGGGGGCAACCUCAAAGGAUACCUGCUUCAAAUGAGAGUACUAGCACAUCUGUUGGUGAUGAAACACACACAAUGGAGAGAUUUCUCACACCUAUGACAACCGGACCACCUAGAAGUGAAGACAUGGCUGAUGAGGCUGGUUUGAUUCAAGCUAACAAUGGAAUUGUUAAUUGUGAAGGCAUGAAACUAAAUGAAAGGAUUGCAGCCAAUGUUACUUCUCAUUGUAACGAAAAUGCACAAACAAAUCAAGUUGCACCCAAUUUCAAGAACAGUGAUAGGCUUAUUGAUGAAGUGGAAGCUACAGAACUCGUACCACUCAAGGAACCAAGGGAAGAUGUCAAUAUGUUUUGUAGUGUAGAAAACUCAAACUCUUCUCCAAUCCCAAAAGACAUUGCUCUACCAAGGCUUGUCUUGUGUUUAGCUCACAACGGCAAAGUUGCUUGGGAUAUCAAAUGGAAGCCUCCUGUAGUAAGUCAGCCUGAACAGAAAUCACGCCUGGGUUUCCUUGCAGUAUUGUUGGGGAAUGGCUCUCUUGAAGUGUGGGAAGUUCCAUCACCAUGCAUGAUCCAGAAAAUAUAUUCCCCCUCUAAGGUAGAGGGUUCCGACCCUCGUUUUCUAAAGCUACAACCUGUAUUUAGGUGUGUCAAAGUGAAGUGCGGGAACAGACAAAGCAUUCCCUUGACAGUUGAUUGGUCACCUUCUCCUCCUCAUGAUAUGAUAUUGGCGGGUUGUCAUGAUGGAACGGUUGCUUUAUGGAACUUCUCAAUGAACCUGUCAUCACAAGAUUCAAAACCUUUUAUGUGCGUCAUUGCUGAAUCUGUUCCCAUUAGAGCUCUUUCUUGGGCACCUUAUAUAAGCGACGAAAACAUAAAUACCUUUGUUACUGCUGGAGCAGAUGGUCUAAAGUUCUGGGAUUUAAGAGAUCCAUACCGUCCUCUUUGGGAGCUAACUACUGCUCCAAGGGCUGUAUUAAGUCUUCAGUGGUUAAAGGAUGGAAGGGGGAUUGUCAUCUCAAUGGAAGAUGGUACAUUGAAGUUUCUGAGCUUGCCCCGGAUUGCAAAUGAUGUCCCAGCCACUGGAAGGCCAUUUGUUGGAACAAAAAAUCAGGGCGUUGCAACUUAUCAGUUAUCAGAAUAUUUGAUUUGGAGUGUCCACGCCUCAGACACUACAGGUUGUGCUGCUUUACUGUGGGGCAGAUGGUACUGCUGUGUGCUUCCAGCUUACUCCGAGGUUCUGGGAGAAGGAACCUGGGCGGAACCGUGUUCCUUAUUUCCUCUGUGGAUCAUUAUCAGAGGAUGGAGAAAAUAUUAAGAUUGGCAGCAGACCGCAAACAUCUCCAUUACCAAAUGUUCCUGUGGCGAACAAAAAGGGUCCAAAACCGUGCCAAAAUAUAGUUCAGGCCCUGCCUGCAGGCAAUGUCAUUGGUAAUCCAGCACUUGGCGAUGAUCAAAAUGAUGGACACAACGAAGAACAAGGAGCAGGUGCUGAAAAUCCAGAACCUGGCGAUAAUUUUGAUGAUGGACAGAAUGAAGGAGGAGCAGGUGUUGUCAAUCCUGAACUUGGCGAUCAAGAUGGACACAGCGAAGAACAAGAAGCAGGUGCUAUAGUUUUAGUUGGCCCUACAGAGCAAGAGGAUGAUGGCACAUUGAACAGCAAGGGCAGUGAAUCCCCUAAAGACUUUGAGGUCUUCCCUCCCAAAUCCGUCGCAUUGCAUCGAGUGCGAUGGAACAUGAACAAAGGUAGUGAGAGAUGGCUGUGCUACGGAGGUGCUGCAGGCAUCGUGCGGUGUCAGAGGAUCUAAAGACAAAGGCCCAGUUGGCUAAUGCUCCCCGCGAAACAGGAUAAUAUGCUCACAUCCUUAGUAACUGAUGGAAGUAGGCUCUGUUGCAUUCUUUCCGCUACUUUUAACCUGGUCGUCUAGGUUGGUUUUCUUGGUUGCUCCAAACUGUUCAAUGUAAUCAUGCAACUAUGCAAGAGAACCAAUACAACAGAUCUUCCUAUCCUAGGAACUCGUGGGGGAGCUAUGUAGGAAUAGAAGCCACCUGUUCUGAAUACACUGGGAUGGAAAAUAAAGUCCCGGUUCUGACCA